CAGGUGGACGUGGUGCUGCUGAUGGACGCCGCGGACCGCCGCUUCGGCUUCUCUGUGGUGGGCGGCCAGGGCGACGGCGUCUCCGCCCGGGUGGACCACGUGCAGCCCGGCUCGCCCGCCGACAAAGCUGACCUGGAGGUGGGCGACGAGAUUCUGGAGGUGAACGGCCGGAGCCUGGAGGACGCCAGCCACACGGAAGUCAUCUCGCACAUACACCAGUGUAUCCGGUCCCGGACGAUAUGUCUGCGAGUGAAGCGACGCAGCGGCAACCGUCUAGGUGAGUAUCAACACUGGACAGUGAGGCAGCAGCGCCGGCAAUCUUGCGUAAAGGUACAUCCUCUUCAGACAUUAAGUUGUAAAAGUCAAGAGCGCGUCCUCGCAGCGAUGCAGUGCUAUCGAUAA